GCUCUGCUGUCUGCUGCGUUGACGUAUGAGACAAACAGCAGGAUGCCGAUGUGCGGGCCCGCGUACAUGAAUCGGCGCGAGCUGCUCUCAUUCGUUACGGUUUUGGCAGAGCCGAAGCGUCGGACGCAGUGUCGUCGGCCACGUUGAUCGGGGUCAGCUGCUUUGCGAGGCUUCGACGACGCGCGACAUUUACAUAUAUCAUCCCGCAGUAUCAACGAGGACACAGUGCGGCCGAUACACCAGCUGGGUCAUAAUCUCAGACAGGCGGAGAUAAAUUGUUAUUCAGGCUGCUAUCAGUAUCGAUUGACGGAAAUUCCGCGGCAACAAAAUUACGAGAGCUAUUUCGUCUGAUCUCAUUUUGUGUAGUUAUCAUUUAGUAUUAUUGCCAGAACAAUAUCGCCUACUGUCAAAAUAUAUGUAACAGCUUAAUCAGAGAUAAUGGAUUGUAGAGGACAGAUAGACUAAUUGCUGAAAUCAUGUAUCGAAUCGUACAAAUCAUUUCCACAAAAUUAGACAUUUAGAAUAAAGAUUUUGGCACGUAGCUGAUCUGUUUAAAAAUCUUAAAAAUGUCGGGUGGAGAGAGGAAGAAAAGAGGAUGUGACCGAGGGCACGGAUGGGAGGAGGCCGGUGCAGAAUUCUAUCAGGAGAGUUAUCCAGUGGCCAUGGAAGCAGAUUUGCAACAGGCACUUCAAAAGGAUCCCUCGCACAUAGCGACUUUACUUCCUAGCAAGAAGUCUCGUGUCGCAACGGCGAAACGAAUUCGCAAUGAUACAAAGACUACGUUAAGGAGGCGCACAAGCACUAGAUCUCGUGGUACCACAACCUCAAGACGUAUGUCGACUAAUGUACAUGACGUUGCUGUAUCAAUGCUGCCAGAUCUGUCAGAAAACUUAUCCAAUGAAGAGCGAACCUGGGAGGAAAUCAUGCAGAUCAAGGCUAUGCCUGUAUGCAUGUCUCAGAAAAUACAAUUGAAGAACCAGCUACAGAGUGCUACAAAGCUAAGACUUCAAGGUUUUGAACAGUUGAAAUGGCAGCGCAGGAAAGCCUGGCAGCAAUUUCGCAUUAGGAUGAAAGAAGCUUACACCAAGAUGGGACUGUGGAACACUAGUCUAAAGAACAUAGGCGGACAUUUUGGGAUGGGUGUAGUAGCGUAUUUCUUAUUUAUCAAGUGGCUGCUAUAUCUAAAUCUGCUUUUGUUUGCGAUUAUAUUCCUGCUGAUAGUACUGCCGGCGAUUGUACUGGAAGUGCCACAAAAUGAGAUAUGUUCGUUUAACGACACCGUUAGCGUAACCUGUUGUUCCGAGUUAUAUAGGAACAAGACUGACGAAAGAAACAUAUCUAAGAUCAUGCAAGAUAGAUUUGAUUAUACCAUGAUUUUCUAUGGCUCGUACACGCACAAAAUCUACGAGAGCUUAAGCGCCAAUUUCUAUUAUAAUUCGCCGCUAUCCUACAUCUGUGCGAUCAUCUGCGUCUUCAUCGUUAGCUUGGUGGCGAUUGUACGAUCGGCAGCGAAAGGUUUCAGAGAGAGGGUUGUAGAAGGCGAGGGUCAGUUUUACCGAUACUGCAAUUUGAUAUUUGGUGGUUGGGACUACUGUAUUAACAAUAAAAGGUCCGCUUCUAUCAAGCACAAAGCGCUGUAUAACGAGAUGAAGGCGUUUCUCGAGUCGGAGAGGCUAGAAGAGGAACGGCGAAAUCGCACGCCCGAGGAAGAGACGAAAUUGUUCUUCAUACGUCUGUUCGUUAAUUUAAUAAUAUUAACUGUACUGGGCGGUUGUGGCUUGUUUGUUUAUUACAUAAUUGAUUUCUCAUUCGCUCAGCUGUCGGCGCACGAUUACGAUAUAUUCUACGAAUUCCUUCCGUACAUAUGUAUCAUCGUACUCAACGUAGCAGUGCCAUUCCUCUUCCGCUAUCUGAUCGCCCUAGAACAUUAUAAUCCAUCAUAUGUCGUUGAGGUGACGCUAUACAGAACCAUGUUCUUCCGAUUUGCUUCUCUCGCUGUUCUAUUAACGUCCUUGUAUAAUCUCGUCGCAGACAAAAUUCCAGCUAACGAGUGCACCAAUACAAAGAACAAUCAGCCGCUAUGCUGGGAAUCAUUCGUGGGACAGCAAUUAUUCAAGCUUUAUCACACUGACAUGCUCAUGCAAUUCUUUAUGGCGUUCUUUAUCAAUUUCCCACGGUCGUUAAUCGCGCGUCAUACUCAGAACAAGGUUUUGCGUUUUGUCGGCGAGCAGGAGUUUGACCUGCCCAAACACGCGUUGGACAUCUUUUAUUCGCAAACGAUCUGCUGGCUUGGCUGUUUCUUCGCCCCGCUGUUAUUCAUGUUUGCUGUAUUCGGAACAUUCAUACUGUUUUAUAUAAAGAAAUUCGCUUGCUUAAUGAACAGCACACCGUCAAACAAGAUUUACCGUGCCAGUAGGUCAUAUUGCCUGUUCAUGUUCAAUCUGCUGAUCUGCUUUAUCCUGGCAAUGAUACCAGUCGGCUAUUCUAUCGCAGAAAUUAUGCCAUCAAAAUCAUGCGGGCCGUUCCGAGGAUUGGAGUCCGUGUGGUCGUUACUGACCAUGACGUUCUCGCAAUUUCCCAACUGGCUGCAGUCAGCUCUAUCCUUCCUGUGUACUGCUGGUUUCGGCAUACCGGCAUUCGUCAUUCUCUCUCUACUUCUUUAUUAUUAUUACGUCAUGUGGCUGGCGAACAAGCACAUGGUAACAGUGCUGAAAAAUCAAUUAGUAUUGGAAGGCCAUGAUAAACAGUUCUUACUAAACAGGCUCAGCGCCUUCAUCAAACAACAACAAGAUCAGAACAAAUUUCACCAGGAGCAGACCAAUGAGUUAAACACAUUUCAACAUGUAUAAAUAGUAUUAAAUUUGAUUUCGUAUUCUUAUGAAUGUACAAAUUUAGUGUGAACAUUUUUAUCGCGUAAUCACCGCGAACUGGUGAACAUCGGGUUUGAAUGCGUCGUUUUACUUAAAAUUUUGAUAGGUUUUACUUGUGAAAUAUAAGACUGCCAACUUUGUCUUAUUUACAUUAUACAUGACUGGCACUUAUACAAUAGGUUUUUGAUAUUUUACCGAAUUGAAUGAAAAGUACGAGAAGUGUGUGAAUAAAAAAAUGAUAUGUAUCUUAUAUACUGCCUGUUGCAGUGUCUUACAUUUUAUAUAAACUUGCUUCUUGAGAUUUAAACGCGUUACAAUCACAAUCACUGCCACGAAUAUUACUUUCCGCGAGAGCCUUUAGACCAGUUUCGAAAACUUGCAUUUAAUCGUUUCUUGUAGAUGGAAUGCACAUCUGAGAUCAGGGUACAAAGGAAAAAAAGAUGAAAAACGCGGCGUUGUGCAAAUAUUACACAAUAUUAAGAAGGAUCGUAAAUAUAUCCAAAUAUUUAUUAAUAAUUCCGUAUUACGCAUAUUUAACGAUAUCCGUAAAUCGUAUAGAACCAUAUAUAUGAAAUAUUUAAAAUAAUUUACUUUAGAACGUAAUCGUCAGGAAUAAUAUAUUUAUAAGGCAAGCUAACACGCUCCGUGUCGUAGAAAUCUGUAAUGUUACUCCGUAAAUAGGUCUUUUAAAACCUAUGAAAAAUUAUUUUACUAGCAAAUUAUUAUUCUAUAUCUAUAGUAAACGUCGGGAAAAAUCAGAAAUAUUUUAUUAUAUUAUUUCGUUAUCUCGAGGAUCUCUUUAAUAAGUUAGGAUAUAAGAAACAAAUGUACGAAUUUUUGUAAUUCCAUAUAGAAUACCAGCCAAAAGUACAUCACCUUUAGGUUUAUUGAGAAUAUAACUUUUAUUUAAGUAAAUCAAAUAGAUACAUUUUAUAAUAAAUAUUUAGUAUUAGAUACAUUUUAUAUAUAAUGUGUUAUGAAGUUUGAUAAAAUAUUUAUUAUAAAAUGUUGAAUUCUAUUGAUUUACUUAAAUGAAAGUUAUGCUUAAAAAACCUAAAGGUGAUACAUUUUUGGCUGGUACUGUAUAUACAAAAUUUUAAUUGUAGAAAUCUCUCAUAUACCUCAAUAUUGUUAUAUAUAUGCCAAAGAUAAUUCAGAUUGAGACUGCAAUAUAAUUUAUUUUAUUUGUCUAUUACUCUAUUACAUAUAGCGUUAAUAUGGGAUAUUGCAAACGAAUUUUUCUAUCCUUUGUUUAGGAUAUACACACAUCUUCAUACAUCACUGAUUCUAUACAACACGGAGAUGAAUAUGUUUCCAUUUUAAUGCAUGUUUAGAAGUCAAUUCCGUAAAAGCAUCGUACACACUCGAUACACACUAUCGCAAAUCGAUCAGAUUCUUUGGCCUAAAUGAUUUAAUGCACAUACUCUACAUACUGAAAAAAAAUGUAUUUUUUUGUAAAUCUCACAUUUGUAUGAUUAAAGUCCUUAGACAAUCAUUAAUAUUGUUCAAUAAUAUUGAGCGUCUAAGGGCCACUUUUAAGAUAGCAUGUAUGGCUGCUCGGACAUCCUUUCUUAAAAUUAUGAUAGAUGUAAACUAAUGACCAUAUAUAAAAAUGCAUAUAAAAUUGAAUAUAAGAUCAUAUAAAACAUAUAAUCCUAUGUAAAAUGGAUUUAUGAAUCUGCAGAACAUAUUUAUAGUUACUAUUGUAUUAAACGAAAUACGCAAUGAAGUCCACAAAUAUCUAAAUAGGAAA